CUGGCAGAGGGGAAAAUGAGGGGCUGGGCUUUGCAGUCGGAGAAACAAGAGGUCAGAGAGAUGAAUGGGCUGACAGCAGCAAUAGAUGGCCCUUCUUCAGGCCAAUAAGGAUCUCAUUUCCAAAGGAACGAAGGAAUUUAAUGCUCUGCUAAAUCAGCAGGUCUUUAGUGAUCAUCCUAUCUCUGAAGAAGCCAUGGUGACCAUUGUGAAUGACUGGAUAAGCUUCUACAUCAACUAUUAUGAGAAGCAGAUGACAGGGGAGCAGCAAGAGCAAGAGAGCGCUCUGCAAGAAUUUCAGCAAAAGCUGAACACUCUGGCCAUCCCUUUCCUGGACAAAUACAGGGCAUUCCUGAAGUCCUUGUGA